AGAUAUUUAAGACCAUGUGAGUAAUAAAACAUGUCUGUUUUCCUUCCGUUUACUUGUACAUGAUCUUGCCGAUCGUGCAUGCCCGUAAGGCAUUCCAUCUCACCCUGAUACGUUUGUCAGUUUUUUCGGAAAUUUCAUUAAGUACCGUAUUUAGCAACUUACGUGUUUCCUGUACUAGUUAGGUAGCCAGACGAUUGACAGUUUUGGGAAUCUCAUCAGCUAUUUCGUUUCCCGGAAUUUUUUUAGCCUGGAACCGAGUAUACAUACAUAUAUGCAACCGCUUUCCGGUAGCAGUAAGGACAUUCUCUGAUAUAAUACAAUGUGAGAUUAUUGCUCUAAUAGCCGCCUGUGUAUCGUUAUACAUACUGAUCUUCUAUGUGUUGUUUCCUGCAUUGUUAGCCUCUGACACUUUCCUGACCGCAAAAAGAUGGAAGAUAGUGCAGUAUUCCGGAAGCUUAAAGGCCUACUUCCCGAAUUAAGAGAAAAAAGACGACACCAAACAUUUCUUUUAAGAGCGAUUGGGACGCAUUUAUAAGAUGAACGUACUUUAUGAUAUCGACGGCCAAACCAUUUUCUACUAUCUAGAAAAACUUCUGCCCAAACGAAACUUGACUUAGAAGACAUAAAAUUAUUAAAGUCGUCUUCAGCGCCAUAGGUAUGUAUACAAGCAGUACACAUAUAAAUGAUUAUUUCGAAAUAUAUCAAGGACGAUUAAUGUCUUGCUAAUCAAUGCUUGUACUCAAUACUUACCGUUUUUCACGGAGCGUGAAUGUAGGUGGACGACCAAAUCGAGGUUUUGAUGUAGCUGCUGAAAGUUUCUAUUACGGUAUAGACUGAAGAGUGCGAUCUUCUAAUCAAACGCUUAAUUUCAUGAUUUGAUUACCCUUUUACCAAACUUUGAUAAUAUUGAUUGAUUGAUUGCUAUCCGAGUAGACAUCAUUGCAAAUUUUUGUAUAAAGUUUAUAAAAACAAAAAAAAAUUGUGUUCACUUUUUUAUUAGAAAGGUGUGAGUGUGCGUUUAUAUACAUAUGUAAAAUGUAUGUGUAAAUUUACUACCAUUUUGAAAUUGACCAAGGUUAUGCAACCGUAGUAUUAACAGAACAUUUUUUCCCCUGUUGUCAUAUAUAGAUAGACUCUCUUAUAAUCUCUUUUUUAUUACUUUACGUUCUCUGGUGUUCCGACCUUAACGUUUUGUCGCUAUUGCCCUUUUAAAUUUGGGAAACAGUUUGGAAAUGAAACGAAACGAAAAGAGAAGUUGAAUUUUUGAUUUUGCCUUAGUUAUUCUUUGAACGCGAGAUAUUAAAGUUGUUUGAUGGUUGGGGUUUGUUUUGUCGCGGUACCUAUUUACGCACAGAAGUGAUUUUGCUGAUUGAAGUGAAGAAGUAGAAAUUGUUAUGUUUUUUGUACAUAAAUAUAUAAGAACGUUGUAAAUGCUACCCGAAACUGAUUUGCUUGGAUAUUAUUCUCAAAUAAAUCGGAAAAUUGUGUUGUGAUAUUAUUAAUAUUGCUCUGUAAAUAAGUGAAUUUAUUAUAAUUUUAAAGUAUAUAACUUAAUUCAAUACAAGAAACGACAGGUUUUAAUGAAAUAUAAAUGGAAUUGACGAUGGACUAUUGAAAAGCGUCAUUGUAGUGCAUGAAUUAGCUCUUCUAUCGCCACUGGAUUUUUGUUUAGCUGCAUAGAGCAAUGGUUAAGCAACGUUUCAUCAUUGCACCUUUUAUUACCUCUUCUCUCUUACUUGACUUGCAUGUUGAACUAAAAGUAUCGGCAUAUUCACAUGUAUGGAGAUAAUAUUCGUAGAAGAAGAAACGUAUCUGGAAGUUUUUGAAGUCUCUGAAAAUGGCACAAGUUAAUUUACAAAGGGUUAUAUAUGUUAUAAAAGCGUUACAAUGCUGGAUGUUUCUAAGCUAUGGUAUUUCACAGUUUAAAGUAGUAGACUCGAGGAUAAGUGGGAUGACGUCCGCACUUGGAAUUGAUAAAUCAUAUUUUAUGGCGUGGGAUCAAAUCAUAGAUUUAGAUGAUAGUUUUCACUUAUUAUGGACAAUCACGGAUAAGGAUGCCAUAUUUGAAGUACAAGUUCGAACCCAUGGAUACGUGGGGUUUGGAUUUUCUGUAAACGGAAGGCAAGAAGGGGCGGACGUUGUUAUCGGGUGGGUGGAUAAGGGGCAGACAUUCUUCCAAGACCGCCAUGUUUCAAGAAAUGUAAACUCUACAGAACCUCAAGUUGAUCCCUCUCAGGAUUACGUACUUCUAAAGGGGUACGAAAACACGACACAUACAAUCAUAAGGUUUCGUCGAAAAUUAGAUACCUGCGACAGUGUUUAUGAUAUUCCAAUUACAAAUGACACUAUGCGUUUAAUGUUUUUAUACGAUGAGAACGAUCCACCGAAUGGUUUAGUAAGUCCUGGAUCCUUACCCAACAUAAGAAAUGCUUGGCGACAAUCACGAUCAGUGGUUUUAACAGAACGUACCAUUCCUUCGCAAAGCUUAGAGAACACACGAAAAUUGGAAUUCCGUAAUUCUGAAGUAGAGUUGCCAUACGACGAUGAAACUUUUAUAUGGUGUAAAUUUUUCAAAUUGGAUAUAAUGAAGAAAAAAAAUCAUAUUGUUAAAUAUGAACCUGUUUUCGAAUCAUCUUGGAGUGUUCAAUAUUUACAAUAUAUUACGCUGUAUGAAUGCCAGGGAAGCGGUCCUGAACUCGAAGCAUUAGCUCAUGAACCAGGGCAUCAGUGCCAUAAUAUACGCAGCCCACAGCUAUUACACACAUGUAAUACAUAUAUAGCUUCUUGGUCUCGUGGAAAUUUUGAGUUUAUGUAUCCACCUGAAGUUGGCUAUCCCUUAGAAACAAAUAAUAUGCGUUUUGUUAUGAUGGAAACUCAUUAUAAUAACUUGAAUAUUGAUUUUGAGCAAUUCAAAAUAAAUCACAUGUUCGAUAGUUCAGGGUUGAUGUUGCAUGUCACAGAAAAUUUGCGACCGAAUGAUGCUGGACUAAUGUCUAUCGGGAUGGAACCAAACUGGCAUCAUAUUAUUCCUCCGAGUCAAAAACGCGUUGUUUCCCAAGGUCAUUGCAUAGAGCAGUGCACAGAGUCUUUAUUUCCAACUGAGGGUAUUAAUAUCUUUGCGACCAUGUCGCGAACACACCAGAUAGGUGUAGAAGUUAAACUACGUCAGAUACGAAAGACGCGAGAGCUUGCCCCCAUUGUUUCUGACAGCAAUAUUGAUCCGAAAUAUCAAGCAUUCCAACGGUUACGGCAGGUUACGAUCUCUCUUCCAGGCGAUCGAUUAAUCGCUGAAUGUGUUUACGAUACAUCCUCUCGUCGUGCCAUCACUUUAGGUGGACCAUCUAUUAAGGAAGAAAGUUGUAUGAUUUUUGUGCUGUAUUAUCCAAGACAAAAUAAUUUUACAUCAUGUCAUUCCUCCCCAAGUUUGUCGACUGUUUUACACUCUCUAGGAAUUGAAUAUUUAAAUGCAAACUCUGAUCCUGUGGUUAUAUCAUUGCCAGUGGAAUUAAAAGGCAUGACUCUGGAAGAACGGUUAUUAACAUACGACUGGGACAGUCAGUUUAAAGCCUUUCAGGAUAUAACACUGAAUGGUGCCUUUAAAUCUGUAUGCGAAAUUGAUAAUUCCAUGCCUAAGGGUUCUUAUACUUUAACUAGUUGGCCAACUAAUAUAACCGAUACUUAUGACCUACCAAAUCUUUGCAGCCAACGAGCACAUAGUAUAAAAAAAUUUGAAGAACAUGACACAUAUAUUGUAAACAAUGUCUCAAACAACGAUUUAGUUGAAUUGUCUGUGCGUAAUAGCCGAAGCUCAUUUAGUGAGACAUUAGCAUUGAGUAGAGAAGAAACUUUUGCGUCAUCUACAAGGCGAUUGUUUGAUGGUAGUUUCAUAAUGAUAUUCCUAAUUUUAGCUUUAAUACUAAAUUAAAGAAAAAUAAGGUAAAAGAUAAUAACUGUAAUGAUAAAGCAAUAUUUAAGUGACAAUGAAAGGAAUAGCCCUUAAAAUAAUGUUGUAUACCUUAACCAAUACUCGUAUUUAAGCAAUAAUGUGUGUAACGUUGAUGUUAGAGUUCGUGAUUAAAGUUGUGAGUCUUUCAUAUUUUAAGAUAAGUACAUACAUAUAUAAAGUAGUUACUUAUACAUAACUGUAUGGCAUACUACAAACUUUAAUGUUUAGUAUGCCAAACCAAACUGUGAUAUGUCUUAGCAGUACUUUAUAUAAGUAAAUAACAAUAUCGAUGUGUAUUUAGUAUGUAUAAAUUAAUAUCAAACUGUAACUCGGCGAUGAACGAUUAUUAGUUACCUAUAUUCUAACAGUGCGGAAUUGUGAAUAUAAAUUAUUAGUAUUAAAUAAAACCAAAAUACUGUUCAAAACUUCUA